CCAAUAGCGAAAUGAAUCUAGUCAGGACCAGCUGUCAAGCAACCAAUCAGAAUCGCCAGAACAUGACUUCCUCUGUAGGAUUUGGAAGCUGUCUCAUUCAGUAAAUAUACUGUAAAAGUACGUUCGCUGUGUUUGCCUUGGAAGUAGCUGGAAUAUUAUUUAACCAGUUAGUUUAUGACAAGGCAUAAAAGAGCCUGCCAUGUCUAGCUCCCUCCUGUGGGCAGUGGACGUGUAUGGGAGAGUGCACACCCUGUCCACUGCCGGGCAGUGCUGGGAGCUGUGCAAAGAUGCACAUCUGGAGUUCAAGCGGCUCACCUCGGUCCAGCAGUGCUGUUGGGGAAUCGUGGGCGAUCAUCAGGUCUACCUGUACGUGCACUGCAGCGACGUGCCCAUCAGGUGUCAGGAGGAAACCUAUGAAAACCAGCGCUGGAACCCUGUGGACAGAUUCUGUGAGAAGUUGUUGCCAAGCGACCGCUGGCAGUGGAGUGAUGUCACUGGCCUGAAGCACCAGACCCUGGAUAGCUUCAGGCUGCCAUCGGAGCACUGGGAGUGGGAGGCAGACUGGUACGUUGAUGAGAGCAUUGAUGGGGAGCCCACAGAGAAGGGGGGCUGGACGUACGCCAUCGAUUUCCCUGCCACCUACACAAAAGAUAAGAAAUGGAAUUCCUGUGUCCGUCGCAGGCGAUGGAUCCGAUACAGGAGGUACAAGUCACGGGAUACGUGGGCCAAGAUCCCCUCUCAGGAUGUUGGGCCUCUACCAGACCCCUUCAAUGACAUCAGCGCGGGGGGCUGGGAAAUCACAGAUGAGCCAAGGGGACGCCUGUCACUCUGGGCAGUCUCACUGCAAGGGAAGGUGUGGUGCAGAGAAGGAAUCCACCAUCACAAUCCUGAGGGCUCUGUGUGGACAGAGGUCACGACCCCGGGAGAGGUGGUUCAGAUCAGCUGUGGGCCGAGUGACCUUCUCUGGGCUGUACUGUGGGAGGGGCAGCUGCUGGUCAGAGAGGGGAUCAGCAGAGAGAACCCUAAAGGCUCUUCCUGGGUGGUGGUUGAUUCCCCAAGUACAGAAGUUGGUGCAAUUCACGUAGCAGUGGGCACUAAUGUCGUGUGGGCCGUCACCAAGGACAGAAAGGUGUGGUUUCGCCGGGGGGUAAACUCCCACAACCCCUGUGGAACGGGCUGGAUUGGAAUGGUAGGAGAAAUGGUCAUGGUGAAUGUAGGACUGAACGACCAGGUGUGGGGAAUCAGCUGUGAAGACAGAGCUGUGCAUAUCCGUCAAGGGGUUACGUCCAGCGAACUCAGUGGAAAGACCUGGAAAGCCAUUGUUGUAGCUAGAGAUGAAAACAGGUCCCACUCUGAAACCGCCAACAGCCUAGUUAGUGCCGGCUGCUUUUUCAGCGGGGAGGUGAGGGUCCAGUCGCAGUCAUCUUGUAUGAAUGACACAGAGUCAUCUUCUGAAACAGAAAGGUCUCAGGCUGCACAGUCCACCUCGCCCAUGCAUGCUGAUGCCAUGAAGCGUAGAAUCCCUAAAGUGACCAGUGACAGCUUCAUCUCAGAGCUGGUCUCCGACAAAGAACAUAAGCCAGGCAGGGACGGGAGGGAUGACCAGGAGGAGGGGGCACCCCAAGAACAAGACCAGGAGAGUGUCCCCCAGGAGACAUCCAUCAAGCUGCUCUCACAGUCCUCCAGCCAGCUGGGGGCCCGAGACUCCCAGUGGAGUAACGUGGAUUUAGAAGAAGCUCAGACCCCCUUGGCAGCUGCAGCUUCAGACACCACAGAAACUUCCAGCCUGUCCUCGGUAGCUACCUACAACUUGGAGGAGCAGUAUGGGGUGGACGAGCACCCUCUCUGGGCCUGGGUCUGUGGAGGGGGCUGUGCUGUGGAUUCACACACCCACUUAAACUGGUUCAGUGCCUCGACAGGUGUGUCCUCCUCUGUACAGUCCAUGUCCCUGUCUAUCACCCCGGCACAAACGGCAGCAUGGCGGAAACAGAUCUUCGAGCAGCUGAGCGAGCGGUCCAAGAGAGAGCUGGAGAAUUUCAGACAUUAUGAGCAAGCGAUUGAGCAGUCUGUGUGGGUGAAGAAGGGCAUCAUGCAGUGGUGGAGAGACUGGAAACCCAACAAGUGGAUAGAUGUCCAGUUUGCCCUGGAGCAAUUUUCAGGGAGCGACGGCAAUCGAGAUGGCAUCCUCUUCAUUUACUACACAUUCAAUGACGAAAAGAAGUACCUCCAUGCAUUUAUAAAUGAGAUUACUAUCCUGGUCCCUGUUCUCAAUGAUACAAAACACACGUUCGCUGUCUAUACACCGGAAAGGACCAAACAGAGAUGGCCAAUACGACUGGCUGCUGCUACCGAACAGGAGAUGCACGACUGGCUUGCCCUUCUGAACUUAUCCUGCUGUGAUUCAAGAGGGAUCCAUGGUCCUCCUUCUAAGCAGGCGAUUUGGUCCACUACAUGCAAGGGUGACAUCUAUGUUUGUGAGCCCGCUCCGAAUCUGGAGGCGGUUCCCUAUCCAUUGCCCUGUGAUCAAAUGUUUUGGAGACAGAUCGGAGGGCACCUGCGCCUGGUGGAAAGUAACAGUCUGGGAAUCGUAUGGGGUAUCGGAUAUGAUCACACAGCCUGGGUGUACACUGGAGGCUAUGGAGGUGGUUUCUCCCAGGGGCUAGCAAGCAGCACUGAUAAUAUCCAUACACAGACAGACGUCAAGAGCGUUUACAUUUAUGAAAAUCAGCGCUGGAAUCCAGUAACUGGCUACAGUAGCAGAGGUCUUCCCACAGACCGGUACAUGUGGAGCGAUGUGUCCGGUUUGCAGGAAUGUACCAAAUCAAGCACUAAGCCUCCAUCUCCACAGUGGACCUGGGUGUCCGACUGGUGCAUUGACUAUAAUAUUUCAGGUGGGACUGACAUGGAGGGCUGGCAGUAUGCUGCUGAUUUUCCAGCGACCUAUCACGGACACAAGACGAUGAAAGACUUUGUGAGGCGGAGGCGCUGGGCAAGGAAAUGUAAAAUCACCACGACUGGCCCAUGGCUGGAAAUUCCUCCCAUCACACUGUGGGAUCUCACCAUCCUGCCCUGCUCCUCUCAGAGCUCCGUGGAGGAGGUCUCACUCUGGGGCAUCAGCAACAAGGGAGAUGUCCUGUGUCGGAUUGGAGUGACACAGCAGAGCCCUGCAGGUACCUCCUGGCUUCACAUUGGGACAGAUCAGCCCUUCAAGUCUAUCUCCAUAGGCGGUGGCUACCAGGUUUGGGCGAUCAGCAGAAACGGAUCGACGUUCUACCGCGGAUCUGUCUCUGCUGAGAACCCUGCAGGAGAUUGUUGGUACCACAUCCCCUCUCCACCCAGACAGAAGCUGAAACAGGUGUCGGUGGGGCGCACAUCUGUAUACGUUGUGGAUGAAAACGGUAACCUGUGGUACCGCCAGGGCCUGACCCCCAGCUACCCGCAGGGGUCCAGCUGGGAGCACAUUUCAAACAACGUCCGCAAAGUGUGUGUGGGACCUCUCGACCAGGUUUGGAUAAUUGCUGACAAAGUUCAAGGCAGCCACAGUCUGAGUUGUGGCACUGUAUGCCAUCGGGUUGGGGUGCAGCCAAUGGAGCCUAAAGGACAUUCAUGGGACUAUGGAAUGGGAGGUGGAUGGGAACACAUUACGAUAAGAGGGAACUCCCAGGAAGCCCCCAGGAUUGUCAUGCCAGUGCCUGCUGAAAGUACUUUGGAAAAAAGUGGCCGUGUGGCAGAGGAGGGCGGUGGAGAUGGGGGCAGGACCGCUUCCAUCAGCUCAGUACUCGGUGUCAAAGAAGAGGAACUGAAUGGGAACGCUGUGAGUUGUUAGCCUGCUUCCUCUCUUGUCCCUUGUGUACCUCUUAACAUGAACUUCUCAAAGGUUAUUCCUUCCGUCCUUCAUUACUUCACAACUAUGGAAGACCACCUGCCCAUAUUUUGCACAACUUCUUUACAUGUGUGUGUAUGUGUGGUUUUACAUCUCUGUGUUAGUGCCGUUUUUAUUCUUUCUAUGUCAUAGACAGGAUUAUUUCAGUGUAUUCAUCAACAUCUUGUUGUGUUUUCUGUUACAUUGAAUAUUAUUACCUAAAAUAAGUCCUAAAACGGAAAUCAGCAUAGAUGAAUAAGGGUGAGAGGCUGCUAAGGUCACAGUCAAACGAGGCAUUGCGACCAAAAUGUAAAACUGCAACAAGUAAUUCCAAAAUGAGAUGGAGUAUAUUUCUGUGGUGUGAAAGGAAUAUUGAAUGAAUUAAGAGUAGGUAAUCUUUUUCAGCUCAGGAGGCUGGCUUUGGUCACGUGAACUGUGAUAUUUCUCUUACUCUGGUGUGCCACUAAAUACUGUAAGAUAUAUCACUGUUCCUUCUUUAUCUCUUUAUCCUGGCUUCCAGACUUACAGGAGAUGUAACUUUAUCCGGUUUGAUAAGAAAGAAGGCAUUUUAAAUGCUUGUAAGAGGGACCCACCCAUUUUAUAGCCCCUGGGUGUAUUUUCUGACACACCUAGGCAGGGUUUUUUCAGUCUCAACACUUGCAAAUGAAAUGUUGAAACCAAUGCAUUGGCCGUUUUCUUCCUUUGUACAGACCCAUGUGCUUCUUAAAAACAAAUAAGUUAGAAUGAAAGUAUAAUCACAGAUCUCCAAUCUUUACUACAGCCUCUUUAUCUAAACACAUUAUUUAAAAAAAAAAAUAAUAA